GCUUCCUUUCUGUGUUUGCACCUCUUGCAGUCAGACGGGUGUGCUGUGAGGCAGCCGGCGGGGCCAAGACCUCAGGCCUGCCCUGGGAGCAUAAGCAAGCAUGGCCCUGCGAUGGGCAUCCCUCCUGCUCCUCACUCCUCUGCUGGCAGCACAGGAGCUGGGAGAACCAGACCGCAACAUCUACGGAGAAUCCCAAGAAAUGGGAAGGUGUAAAGCUCCCUACGACUGGGACCCCAAGCUACGGUUUGCCCCGAGCCGGAUGAGCUAUGCCUUGAACGAUUUGGUGCAGCUGAGCUGUGCUGGGGAGUAUCUGCCAUCGAUCCCCUGGAUCAGAUGCAUUUCCAACGGGACCCAUACCUUAUGGAACACGACUGCCACCUGCAAGGAGAGAUGCCAGAAGCCCCAGUGGGACUGGAGGCUCCGCUUUACCCCAAACCAGAAAUUUUAUGGGCUCAGUGAAGAACUGACACUGAGCUGCUUUAUGGACGACUCUCCUCCCCUUGCUGUGAUCAGAUGUGCAAAAGAGAUGUCUUCAGGCUGGAAGGGUGCUUGGGAGGUGAAGAACAUUCAGGGAACAUGGCAGGGGGUGGUAAAGAACCUGACCUGCACCACAGGAAAGUGCCUAAAACCUCAGUGGGAUAGAAAACUUCAGUUUCCUUUAAACAAAAAAAAAUACCAACCGAAUGAAGUACUGACACUGACCUGCCCUGGAGGUCUCAAGCCAUCCUUUCCUGAGGUCAAAUGUACAAAGGAAUUUAUAUGGAUGAGUUCUGGAGAACCAGUCUAUAAAGAUGCCUGGUGGGGCAGGAGCAGCACAGGUGCCUGGACGGUCAUUGAGAGGAACGUAGAGUGUAUGGAAAUGUGCCAAAGACCUGAGUGGGACUCAAGACUCCGGCUGACACCAGACCAGGACAAUUACAAGAAGAAUGAAGAAGUGAUGCUGAGCUGCCCUGAGGGUUUCCAGCUGUCCUUCACCCAUGUCAAAUGCGUGAUGGAAGUCCAGUCCAUCAGUCAUGGAAAACCUGUGUACAGAGAAGCUUGGCUUGGAAGUGACAGCAGAGGUGUCUGGAGCCACGUUCAGUCCAACGUGGAGUGCGUUGAAACGUGCCAAAGACCUGAGUGGGACUCAAGACUCCAGCUGGUACCAGACCAGGACAAUUACAAGAAGAAUGAAGAAGUGAUGCUGAGCUGCCCUGAGGGUUUCCAGCCGUCCUUUUCCAAAAUCAGAUGUACCACUGAGUCCACUGUCUACUGGAGUCCUGUGUACAGAGAAGUUUGGCUUGGAAAGGACAGCAGAGGCAACUGGAUCAACACAGAGUCCAGAAUGGAGUGCAUCGAGGUCCUCCAGGUUGUCCCCGGGACUUUGGAGAUUUCCAGCACCAGCAUCAAACUGAACUGGACCUGCAAGCUCCCUGAAGCCUGCCAGCAGAUUCAGGCUACAUGCCGUCUGGCAGGGCCUUCCUCCCCAUCCUGUGAGGCUGAGGAGGUGAAGGGAGAGGAGAUGCUACAGGGCUGGAAGGGAACAUUCACCUGUCCUCCUCUGCAGCCCUUCACUGUCUACAGUGUCACCAUCUCCCUGCCGCCCAGCACAAUCCUGUACACAUGGCUCCUCAGGACAAAGGAAACGGUGCCGGACAAACCGGAGAAGCUGUGGCUGGAUGCCAGCACGGGGUCCCUGCGGUGGGAGCCGCUGCCCUCCUGCAGAGGGGAGAUCAUUGGCUACAAGGGACAAAACCCCCCGCCUGGGGCUUUUGGUGGCUGUGGGUGGGAGGCCUUUGCCCGCGGGGCAGAGAAGUUCACCUGCGUGUACUACAGCUUCUCUGUUGGGCAGGAGCUGGUGCCUGUGCUGGGCAGGAUGCCUAUGGUUAUGACAGUAGCACUGGUCCUUGCACUUCUGGCACUGGGGAUUUUGCUGCUCUUCAUACUCUUCAGGCGGAAGUACAACAGUUCAAAACCCUGGGAGAACAACAGCACUAUCCCCCUGCGAAGAUGUCAUGGAGGUAUGAGCAAGCUGGACACACAGAUCCCGGUGGAGGAACUGCUGGAGACUCUGAAGAGGUUUAAGAGGGCAGAAAUAGAGGCAGAGCAGACAGAGGAUGAAUCAGUUGACACACAUGGCGCUGGGCGUCUGAGGGAGUAUCAGCAACUGUCCUCCACUUUGUUGCAUCCCUGCGAUGUCGGGAAGGAGCUGUGUAAUCAGAGCAAGAACCGCUACAAGGGCAUCAUCCCAUACGACCACUGCCGCGUGGUGCUGCAGCCCUCUGACACAGGGAAUGGCUAUAUCAAUGCCAGCUACGUGAAUAGCUACCGAAGUCCACACUUCUUCAUUGCAGCUCAAGGCCCCUUGCCUGGGACAGUGGUGGAUUUCUGGCAGAUGGUCUGGCAGGAGAAGACCUCAGUCAUUGUGAUGCUGACAGGCUUGGUGGAGCAGAACAAGACCAAGUGCGAGCAGUAUUGGCCAGAGCAGGAGCAGGUCUACGGGGACUUCACCGUGACACUCAACAACACCAGGACUACCACAGGCCUUGUCACACGCAUCUUCUGCCUGCAGAAGGUAGGCUGUGCUCUCCCAAGAGUGGUGGAGCAGUUUCACUACUUGCUGUGGCCAGACCACGGGGUGCCCAGAAACCCUGCCCUGCUCCUGUGCUUGGUGGAGGUGGUGAACAAGAGGGCCUUGGAAGCGCCUGCUGGACCUGUGCUGGUGCACUGCAGUGCAGGGAUCGGGCGGACAGGUACCUUCAUCGCCCUGGACUUCCUCCUGAAGAUGGGGAAGGCGGAGGGGAAGGUGGAUGUGUUUCACUGCGUGCAGAGGCUGCGGGAACAGCGGGUCAGCAUGGUGCAGACCAAGGAGCAGUACCUCUUCCUGUAUGAGGUGCUGCUCGAAGGCUUGCUCUGCGGCAACACCGGAGUCCCAGUGGAGAGCAUCACCAGCCAUGUCCGCUGCCUUCAAGAAGCUGAGACCUCAAGGCACAACAGUGUCCUUGAGAAGGAGUUUAAGGCCCUGCAGAAGUUUUCUGAGUUGUUCCAGCUCCUGCCAUGCAGAGAAGCAGAAAAACCCACCAACCAGCCCAAGAACCGCAAGCCAGGGAUCCUGCCAGCGGAUUCCUGCCGGCCCAUCCUGAUGUCCUCCCUCAACGCCGAUGGCUCGCCGGGUUACAUCAACGCCGUGUUUGCCGACACAUACACCAAUGAGGACAGACUCAUCAUCACCCAGCUGCCUUUCCCCACCACGCUGGUGGAUUUCUGGGCUCUGGUCUGGGAUUAUACCUGCACAUCGGUGGUUGUGCUGAACCAGCUCCAGGAGCUGGACGAGACAUAUGUGGAGUUCUGGCCCACCCAGGGCGAAGCUGCCUACGGCCGUUUCCAUGUCCAUCUGAUCUCAGAGGAGCCCGGAGUUGGCUUCACAGGCUGGACACUUGCCCUCACCAACAUGCAGCAGCCCAAGAAGUCUGCACUUGAAGUCCGGUUCUGGCAACUAAAAGACUGGCCCAUGCAGCAGCGUCUUCCUCUGCACCCUGCCACCAUCAUCAGCCUACUAGGGAAGGUGGAGACGCACCAUCGGCAGAGCCAAGAUGGACAUAUCCUCGUCACCUGCUGGGAUGGUGCCAGCCGGAGUGGAAUCUUCUGUGCUGCCAGUUUCCUGUGUGAGCAGAUCCAAAGCGAGGGGCUGGUGGAUGUAUCCCAGGCUGUGAGGAUGCUGAAGAGGUGGCGCAGACAGCUGAUUAAAGACGUGGACCAGUAUGGGCUGUGCUACGAACUAGCCCUCAGUUACCUGAAUUCAUUUGAAACCUAUGGGAAUUUCAAGUAGAGGCAUGGCCACUGCCCAUCUCUGGCCAGGACUUUGACUCUAUUGCCAGCCCUCCAUCAGUUAUAGUGGAAACCAGAGGAGAGGAGAGGCGUGUGCAUAGCCCCAAGAUGCUUUACUCCCCUGAAAAGCCACCUUGAGGGUCCUCUGCGGCUGGAGAGCACAGGCUGGACAGCCUCCAAAUUGCGGUCAGGCUUUGAAGCAGGAACCUGACCCUUUGCCCAGAGUUUGUUCAGGAACUUACCUGGAAUUACAGCCUAAGUAUGCAGACCAGAGCAGAGGCACCAAGGCUUGACCUGUCUGCGCCAGGGAUGAAGACACCGAGCUGUCCCAUCCAGGCUCCUCUGUCCCUUCAGACAGCCCCAGGGAAAGUGGGGUAGCUCCGCCAACACCCUGUGUUUUGCCAUCAAGCCACUGUAGGUUCCACAGGGCUCAGGAGCACAGGCUAUCUGUCCUACUUUGGGAGAAGCGUGAAGCCCAAGGCCAACAAGAUCCAAGGGUGGGACAAUCCACAAUCCUACAAGGCUAGGCUGGUCCUUCCCACCCUAUAUAGUCCCUUCCUGGAGCCUCAUCUUCCUGAUGCUGACCCAGGUGCCGCAGCCCUGCCAGCUCCAGAGAGGCUCCCCCACCAGCCUGUCUGGCUCCACCAUGGCAAUCCCACAUUGUAGCAGCUCAACUUGGAUAUCCUGGAUGUGGUUCCAGCAGGAGCUGCUGCUCCAUGGA